GCGCCGGGUUCGGAGCCUCGGUGUCCCGGGCGCCUGUCUCCCCCGCUCCCCCCCGCCGACCCCCGACUCCUCCGCGGAUGCGUCCUUGGCGCUUCGUCGGCCCGCGCCGUGGGACGGACAGGCAGAGCGGAUUUCUCAAAGUGAAGACCCGUCUUGGUUGUUGAAUUGCUUGUAGUAACUCAUAUAUCAGCUGUCAGAAGCAACAUCAUUAAGAAAAGGUUGGCUCCAAGGUGCUUGCUCAGUGGCUGCAGAAAGCGGGGUGACUGAGGGGCCAGCAGGGAGGAGCUGUGCUCUGGAUGGCUUCAGGGUGACACCAUGUGAUCCUCUCAGCCCAGCCUCUGUGGAAGGGACAAGUAACUGGAGCAUGGCUAUGAACAAUGGAAAUGAUUUUGUGGUUCUGAGCAAUGGCAGCAUCUCAACCUGUGUUACCAACCCUAGUCCUCUCACAACGAGUGAUGGAGACCUUACCGCCCAGCAGCUCACCCCCAAAGAAGCACCAAGAGCAAAAGUGAGUCCAAACGGAUGCCUGCAGCUUAACGGCACAGUUAAAUCAUCCUUUCUGCCUGUAGACAGCCAAAGAACACCUCAGAUGUUAUCCCAGUGCUGCCAUCCUUGUCCAUACCAUCACCCUCUGGCCAGCCAUGGCAGUCAUCAGGAGGGCCACCCCGAGGCGGGCCCCGCAGCUCCCUCCGCCUUGGCCUCGUGUUGCGUGCAGCCGCACUCCGAGUCCUCUUCACCUCUGUGUCCAAACCUCUCGCCCGUGUAUCAGGCGGCGUGCUGCCUUCAGCCCUCGCCGUCCUUCUGCCUGCAUCAUCCGUGGCCUGACCACUUCCAGCACCAGCCUGUGCAGCACCAUAUAGCCAACAUCAGACCGUCCAGGCCUUUCAAGUUACCAAAAAGCUACGCAGCCCUGCUAGCCGACUGGCCCGUGGUGGUCCUGGGCAUGUGCACCCUGCUCAUCGUGGUCUGUGCCUUGGUGGGAGUGUUAGUGCCAGAGCUUCCCGACUUCUCUGAUCCUCUGCUGGGCUUUGAACCAAGGGGGACUGCAAUAGGCCAGAGACUGGUCACAUGGAAUAACAUGGUGAAAAAUACAGGAUACAAAGCAACAUUAGCUAAUUAUCCUUUUAAAUAUGCAGAUGAACAAGCCAAAAGCCAUCGUGAUGAUAGGUGGUCAGAUGAUCAUUAUGAAAGAGAGAAAAGAGAAGUGGACUGGAACUUCCACAAAGACAGCUUCUUCUGCGACAUUCCGGGUGACCGAUACUCCAGAGUAGUGUUUGCUUCAGCAGGAGGGGAGACAUUGUGGAAUUUACCUGCAAUUAAGUCAAUGUGCGAUGUGGAUAAUUCCAGGAUCAGAUCUCACCCCCAAUUCAGCGACCUCUGCCAGAGGACCACAGCUGCCUCCUGCUGCCCCAGCUGGACCCUUGGGAACUACAUUGCUAUUCUGAACAACAGAUCGUCCUGUCAGAAGAUCGUUGAGCGAGAUGUCUCUCACACCUUGAAGCUUCUUCGGUCCUGUGCCAAACACUACCACAAUGGCACUCUGGGGCCAGACUGCUGGGACAUGGCAGCCAGGAGAAAAGAUCAGCUCAAGUGCACCAACGUGCCCCGCAAGUGUACCAAGUACAAUGCUGUGUACCAGAUCCUCCACUACUUGGUGGACAAGGACUUCCUGACUCCAAAGACCACCGAGGACGCUGUGCCAGCGUUAAGGUACAGCAUGCUCUUCUCCCCCACGGAGAAAGGGCAAAGCAUGAUGAACAUCUACCUGGACAACUUCGAAAACUGGAACUCUUCCGAUGGCAUUACUGCCGUCGCCGGGAUCGAAUUUGGCAUCAAGCACAGCUUGUUUCAGGACUAUCUGCUCAUGGAUACCGUGUAUCCUGCCAUAGCCAUUGUGAUUGUCCUUCUCGUCAUGUGUGUCUACACCAAGUCCAUGUUCAUCACGCUCAUGACCAUGUUCGCGAUCAUCAGCUCCUUGAUUGUCUCCUAUUUCCUCUAUCGGGUUGUAUUUAACUUUGAAUUUUUCCCUUUUAUGAACCUCACUGCACUCAUUAUUUUGGUUGGGAUUGGAGCAGAUGAUGCCUUUGUCCUUUGUGAUGUCUGGAACUACACCAAGUCUGACAAGCCUCAUGCAGAAGCUGCAGAAACAGUGAGCGUCACCUUGCAGCAUGCCGCCCUCUCCAUGUUUGUCACCAGUUUCACCACCGCCGCCGCCUUUUAUGCCAACUAUGUCAGCAACAUCACGGCCAUCAGGUGCUUCGGGGUGUACGCGGGGACAGCCAUCUUGGUGAACUAUGUGCUGAUGGUCACCUGGCUCCCAGCUGUUGUCGUCCUGCAUGAGCGAUACCUCCUCAACAUGUUUGCUUGCUCCAGGAAGCCCCAGCCACAAGCCUGUGACAACAGAAGCUGCUGGGCAGUGCUUUGCCAGAAGUGCCGCAGAGUGCUUUUCGCCAUUUCUGAAGCAUCUCGAAUUUUCUUUGAAAAGGUGUUGCCGUGCAUCGUCAUUAAGUUUCGCUACCUCUGGCUCGUCUGGUUCCUUGCGCUUACCGUGGGAGGGGCCUACAUCGUGUGCGUGAACCCCAAGAUGAAGCUGCCCUCGCUGGAGCUGUCGGAGUUCCAGGUCUUCAGGUCGUCUCACCCUUUUGAGCGCUAUGAUGCUGAGUUCAAGAAGCUCUUCAUGUUUGAGCGGGUUCACCACGGGGAGGAGCUCCACAUGCCCAUCACGGUGAUCUGGGGCGUGUCCCCAGAAGACAGUGGCAACCCGCUGAACCCCAAGAGUAAAGGGAAGCUGACGCUAGAUAGCACUUUUAACAUUGCUAGCCCAGCCUCCCAGGCCUGGAUUUUGCACUUCUGUCAGAAACUGAGAAACCAGACGUUCUUCUACCAGACCGACGAGCAGGACUUCACCAGCUGCUUCAUCGAGACCUUCAAGCAGUGGAUGGAAAACCAGGACUGUGACGAGCCUGCCCUUUACCCGUGCUGCAGCCACUGCAGCUUCCCAUACAAGCAAGAGGUGUUCGAGGUGUGCAUCAAGCGAGCCAUCAUGGAGCUGGAGAGGAGCACAGGGUACCACUUAGAUAGCAAAACCCCAGGACCGAGGUUUGACAUCAACGACACCAUCAGGGCAGUCGUCCUGGAGUUCCAGAGCACUUACCUCUUCACGCUGGCCUACGAGAAGAUGCACCAGUUCUAUGAGGAGGUGGACACGUGGAUUUCCAGCGAGCUGAGUUCUGCCCCCGAGGGCCUCAGCCACGGCUGGUUUGUCAGCAAUCUGGAGUUCUAUGACCUCCAGGACAGCCUCUCGGAUGGCACGCUCAUUGCCAUGGGGCUCUCGGUGGCCGUGGCCUUCAGCGUGAUGCUGCUGACGACGUGGAACAUCAUCGUCAGCUUGUACGCCAUUGUCUCCAUAGCCGGAACCAUAUUCGUCACCGUUGGCUCUCUUGUCCUGCUGGGCUGGGAGCUGAAUGUGUUGGAGUCUGUCACCAUCUCGGUGGCAGUUGGCCUAUCCGUAGACUUCGCUGUCCAUUAUGGGGUCGCGUACCGCUUGGCUGCAGAUCCUGACCGUGAAGGCAAGGUGGUCUUCUCUCUGAGUCGCAUGGGCUCUGCCAUUGCCAUGGCCGCGUUGACCACCUUUGUGGCCGGGGCCAUGAUGAUGCCCUCCACGGUCCUGGCCUACACGCAGCUGGGCACCUUCAUGAUGCUCAUCAUGGGCGUCAGCUGGGCCUUCGCCACCUUCUUCUUCCAGUGCCUGUGCCGGUGCCUUGGACCCCAGGGCUCGUGUGGGCAGAUUCCUCUGCCCAGAAAGCUACAGUGCAGUGCCUUUUCCCGAGCCCUGUCUCCAAGUCCUGGUGACAAGGGAACAAGCAAAACCCACACCGCAAAUGCUUAUCAUCUGGAUCCCAGGGUCCAGACCUCUGAACGGGAGCAUGAGUUUUACGAACUAGAGCCUCUGGCAUCCCACAGCCACGCCACCGCAGAGAAGACCACGCGUGAAGAGACACACAUCUGCUCCGAGUUUUUCAGCAGCCAGCCAAAGAACCUGGGGAUGUCUGUUCACACGGCCUGCAACAGCAGCCUCAGCCAAAGCGCCAGAAACGACGCGAGCCUGGCCCUGUUGCAGCCCUGUCUGGAGCAGCGUGCCGUGUGUCACUUCUUCUCUCUGAAUCAGAGGUGCGGCUGCCCACACAGCUACACUUGCCUGCAGUAUGGCCCCCACCCUUGCCAGCAGAUGGGUGACUCUCUGUGCCACCAUUGUGCUCCUGCUGCUAGCAGCUUUGUCCAGAUUAAAAACACAGUGGCUCCUCUCAAGGCCACACAGCAAGCUGCCGAGGCUUUCGUGCACCCCCUCCCGCACACCGCCCGCUGUCCCUGCCUGGCAGGCAGAGGGAUGUCGCCUGGGAUGCAGAACUCUCAGCCUAGGACGGGUUUCCUCAGCCCAGUGCGGCACAUUCAGACCCAAGAAAAACUUGGUCAGACCGGUGUACACAGCCUUCAGAGCACAGAUGAGCACCUGCCCAGGGCGGCAGAGCCAGCACCAUCUGUCUGCAGAAGCACCAGGUCUUUACUGAGCGCAGGCUGUGAUCCUGAGGAUAACCAAAGGGGACUCUGCAAAAGUAGAGACACGGGGGACACGGAGGACAGUGGAGGGACUGAAAGCAAGUUCUCGAGUUUACCCAGUCACACUGACAAGGCAGAGAGGAGAGUGGAGCCGAGCUCAUCACAGACUGAUGUAAUUGUGAACUCUGAGCAUUUAAAUCAUGAUGAACCAAAAUUUUUAUUUAACCAUUUAAUAAGGGAGGCUGGGUAUAAGUCCUGCCCAAACAAUCCACAAAACUGUGGCAGAGUUGUGAAAAUGAAGUGCAAUUCUAUGGACUGUCAGAUGCCAAACCUUGAAGCCAACGUGCCUGCUGUAUUAACUCACUCAGACUUGUCUGGUGAAAGUCUGUUAAUCAAAACACUAUAAUAAACCUGGCAUUAAAUUCA